ACAUUUAUUAUUGCCAAUACUGUACACUGCGAAUCAGGAUUUGGAGCUAUUUCCCAGCCAAACUGCCCAUACACUCUGUGCUCUGGAGUCUUCAGCGCAAGCUUGUCCAGGCCUUCCAGGACUUCGGCUGCGCAUUGUGAAUCAUGCUAGAUCUACAGGAAGAGGCGAAGAAGCGUAAGGAGCGGUUGGCGGCUUUGAAAGCACUACGCAGUAGUGCUGGAAGUGCUCACAGCGAGAAGCGUACAUAUGGACAAGAAACAAGCCACAGCCAUGGGGAUCAGUCGGAGGAAUCUCCGCCUGCGGAGGAUAUCCAAGAGGCCACUUCCGCAUCAAAUGCACGCGAGGGGAAGAGCAAGGUGGCCACAGUUGAAGAGCACGCAGAGGAGGUGGCGCGUAUAGCGUUGGAAACGGAGGCGAAGCGGAAAAGAGAAGUGGAGUUGCUCGACUUGGCACCGAAAAAGCCAAACUGGGAUUUGAAACGAGAUCUGGAACAGAGAAUGGACAGACUACAACGUAAGACUCAAGGAUGCAUCGCUGAACUAAUAAGAGCGAGAUUGCGAGAGGAGGGUGAUCUGUCACAAGUGUCGGGGGCGGCAGAGGCGGACAGAAUGGCAACUGAUUCCGAUGACGAGUGAACUGCACCUGGGUUUAACGGUCGAUUUUAUGGGAACAUUCUACAUUCCAACACACCUCUCCCAGUAUGGGUAUCGCAAACCGUACAUAACGAAUAAGCCAACUUCUAAUGAACAGCAACUACCAUACUGCUAUACAAAUAAACUGUUGGUUUUCUCCUUGAUGACAUAUUCACUAUCC